AUGGAGAACGACGGCGUCCCCAACGGACCAGCGGCGCCGGCGCCUACCCAGGCGACGCCGGUGGGGCGGGAGCAGGACCGGCUGAUGCCAAACGCAAACGUGAUCCGCAUCAUGCGCCGCGCGCUCCCUGCCCACGCCAAGAUCUCCGACGACGCCAAGGAAGCGAUCCAGGAAUGCGUGUCGGAGUUCAUCAGCUUCGUCACCGGCGAGGCCAAUGAACGGUGCCGCAUGCAGCACCGCAAGACCGUCAACGCCGAAGACAUCAUGUGGGCCCUAAACCGCCUCGGCUUCGAUGACUACGUCGUGCCCCUCAGCGUCUUCCUGCACCGCAUGCGCGACCCCGAGGCGGGGACAGGUCGUGCCGCUGCAGGCGACAGCCGCGCCAUGACGAGUGCGCCUCCGCGCGCGGCCCGGCCCGUGAUCCACGCCGUGCCGCUGCAGGCUCAGCGCCCGAUGUACGCGCCCCCAGCUUCGGUGCAGGUUCAGAAUCAGAUGCAGCGGCCCGUGUAUGCUCCCCCGGCUCCGGUGCAGGUUUAG